AUGAAUAUCUUCCGUUUGGUGGCGGAUCUCAGCCACUUGUUUGCCAUUCUGAUCUUGUUAUGGAAGAUCUGGAAGACUCGUUCGUGUGCCGGUAUCUCCGGUAAAUCCCAGAUCUUGUUCGCGUUGGUGUUCACUUGCCGAUAUCUGGACUUGUUCACCACCUUCGUUUCGGUCUACAACUCGAUCAUGAAGGUAUGUGACUUAUUUUUUUGUUUUUUGUGUUUAGGGAAGACCAAUAGAUGAUGUGGAUGUAAUACGGAGACAGUUUGCUUGUUAUUAUAAACGUUAUGAAAGAUUUUAGUUCAUUGACCUAUAGUAAUAUAGGUGUUUUAGUGAUAUCUGAAUUUUGUGAUAACAUAUGCUAAAAUUGAAUCCUACAUAGUUAAAAGCGUUAAAAUAUCUUACUUUUGACCAAUUUUUAUAGGUUUAGGUUUAUUAGUUUUCAAGAUGUAUCAAAAUUUAGUGUAACAUGCCAAUCAUUAGGUGUUCUUUCAAAGUUUUUGUGUGUUUUUGACUAAACUAGUGCACUGACAGUAUUUAUUUGUACAUUUUUUAUAACAACGAUAUUUUUAAACUUUAUUUCAGAUCCUAUUCAUCGCCUCACUCUACGCCACGGUCUACAUGAUGUACAACAAGUUCCGCGGCACAUUGAACAAGGAAGAAGACGUGUUCCGCGUCGAACUUCUCAUCGUUCCAUGCGCCGUUCUAGCCCUGUUCAUCAACGCCGAGUUCACGGUGCUCGAGGUGCUGUGGACCUUCUCCAUCUAUCUGGAAGCCGUCGCCAUUCUGCCACAGUUGUUCAUGCUUCAACGUCGUGGCGAAGCCGAAACCAUCACAGCUCAUUACCUCUUCGCCUUGGGCAGUUAUCGUGGAUUGUACAUUCUAAACUGGCUCUACAGAUACUUUACGGACGGAUUCUUCGACCCAAUUGUUGUGGUAUCAGGAAUCGUACAGACUGUUUUGUAUGCCGACUUCUUCUAUCUUUAUGUCACACGUGUUGUCAGGGAGAAUAGGAAGCUCGAACUGCCAAUUUAA